AUGUCAAAUGAGUUAUUUAAAGUAAGAAUUGGCACUACUAUUGUUGAGACGGAACAGAUAGAGUACAAACUGACAUCUCUAUUUGUCUUUAUGGUCAGUUUCUUGGAGGAUCUGGAUCGCUUAGGCGCCAAGGACUAUCAGCCCUCCGAACAGGACAUCCUUCGUACACGCGUCAAAACCACUGGCAUCGUCGAGGUGCACUUCCAAUUUAAGAAUAUGAACUUCAAACUCUUUGAUGUGGGCGGUCAGCGCUCGGAGCGGAAGAAGUGGAUCCACUGUUUCGAAGAUGUGACAGCAAUCAUUUUCUGUGUGGCCAUGAGUGAGUACGACCAGGUGUUGCACGAAGACGAGACCACCAACCGAAUGCAGGAGUCGUUGAAGCUGUUUGACUCGAUAUGCAACAACAAGUGGUUCACCGACACCAGCAUAAUCCUCUUCCUCAACAAGAAGGAUUUAUUUGCAGAGAAGAUUAAACGUUCACCUCUCACUGUCUGUUUCCCCGAGUAUCCUGGGAAGCAGACCUACGAGGAGGCAGCAAUUUACAUUCAGGCCUCUUUUGAGGCAAAGAACCGAUCGCAGAACAAGGAGAUUUACUGCCACCAAACCUGCGCCACCGAUACUAAUAACAUUCAAUUUGUCUUUGAUGCUGUCACCGAUGUGAUCAUCGCCAACAACUUGAGGGGCUGUGGUCUCUACUAG